CCGUCAGAUUGUUUUGGUUCCUCUUCUCUAAAAAGACUCUCUGGAGUAUUCAACCUCUGCCAAUCUACAGCCGACAUGAGGCGACGACUACCACUAGGGCAAAGGCAGAACAAGCAGAACAAGCAGAACAAGCAGAAUCCGCAGAACAAGCAGAACAAGCAGAACAAGCAGAACCCGCAAAUCCACCAGUUCAUCGACCCCAAUUUCCCCGACAGCAGCGACCAGUGUAAACUAAGCAAACGCGAUGUCUCACAUAGCGUCGAACUCCCUGAACCAAUCCGCUCACUACCGACUGUCACUCGCAUGCGCGCCCGCUCCCAUCCGCAGCGACCAUUCAACGGCGGUCCUCACGGAUGA